AUGUAUAGUAAUGUCGGCCCUUUGCAUGCUGACUCGAUGGACCGAUUACUCGCUCAGGAUGUUCCUUCACCGCGAGGCUUCGCCGCCAUACGCGUGAAAAUUGGACGAUUACGAGCAAUCUCAUUUCAGACCGCCUUAGCGACUUCGCCGUCAGAAUACUUGAAUAACUGUCAUCCUACGAUUACACAACCACGAAGUCGUGGUGGCUCAUCAAAUCAAUUUGGGAUAUGUUUGUUCAAGGAGACGAGCGAAAUUAUUUGUAUAAUGCGACCCCCUGAGCAUUGGCAAUAG